AUGGUCGAUUUUGUUGCGUUUUCUGGUAAUUCGAAGUGUCUUACAUUUAUCUGUGUUGAGGAGAAGAUUAGCAUUGGCAGAGGAGGUUUGGAAAUUCGCAAGAUCAUUCUCCAUAGCGGAUGCAUCAGUGUUUCAGUGCUGUUGUUUCAGUGUGGUGCAAAAUUGAUGGAAAUUCGCAAAGGCGAUCGUUGGCUGCAUCAAACAUGGCACAUAACCAAAGGCACUGCUCAUAAUCUGAUACAGCGUAUUAAUUAUUGGCAAAAAAACCCUCCUAAAUAUAAUAUAUUGGGCCACAGUAAAUUGGCAGUAAGUUCGGCGACUUUAAGUAACAACCCUACUGGCCAUAAUUGUUUCUCGUUUGCAAGAAUGAUUCUUCGCGAUUUAAAAGAUGAAAACAUAGGGAUACCAGAAUACACAUUGGAAGAGUGGGUGGGCUCAAUAACAAGUCGGCAUCUUGUCGAUAAGCAGUACAACAAUGAAUGGUGGAAGGAGCCACGAUUUCCUCUGUUUACUGCAUUUCUGACUGGAGCAGCUAUUGCUUAUUUAAUCUUAAAACGUCGGUAACCAACGAAGUAUUUUACUAGUGCAUUAGGUUAAAGGCUUAUAGAGACCAUCCCUCCUUAGUCCUUCCCUCCGCCAGGGAGCAGCGCUGGAACAUUACUAAGGGACUUCUUGUGACAUAAGUAUUUGAGCAUUGCGUGUGGGAAAGGAGUUAAUAUUAUAGUGUAACCUUUCAAUUCAUAAUAUAUUCAAUUAUACUUUUGUGUUGUAGUAUAAUAUUUGUUAAAAUUGAAGUCUUACCUUUACCUUACCUAUACCUUACUUUUAACUUACCUUAACUUUGUCUAAAAUUACAUUACCCAUUUUAUUUAAUUGAACUAUUCACACCAUAACGUUUUUCCAACCAAAUUUAGCUCAACGUGGAGAUAAGAUUAAGUUGGAAAUUACUGGUACAGCAGAAAAUUGCGCCCGGGCAAAAUCGCUCAUCCAAAAUGACAUCGUAAGUUUUUUCUGCCCAUAAUUGAUAUGAAAUUAUGCGUUUUCUAACAUUCUCAUCAAAAAUAGUAAAAUGAAUUUAUAUUUGCAAUUCUAGAGUGCCUUUUUGGACAAGAUGACGGGAAAAGAAUUUGGGGGCUAUACGCAUUUUGUUUGCGUCGCCUUUAAAGACGAAAAUGAAUUGUUUCGCUUCAAACCAAGUGGUCCUCCUCCUACACAGGAUAAUUUCAUUAAAGGUCCGAGAUUUAGAAUUGUAACCGAGAUGGACGAUGAUGACCCUCAGGUAACGUAAAUGUAAGAAGAAAUUAACCACAAUUAGCAAUUAAAUUACAACAAUGGCAAUCUGUCGCAGUAAACAACGUUUGAUUCUAAUUAGAAACAGUCUCUUCAGUGACAAUGACAUGCACGGUCUCUUUUAAGUUUUUUUAUUUUUGUACAAAAACAUGGAUUUUAGUCAGAACAGUUUUCUUCUGAUAUCUUUUGUCCGUCGAAGUUGUCGAUCGCGUACAUAUAACAACAACCCGUGACUAAAAUUUACAUAAUGUAUUAUUAAAAUAUAUCAACAUACGUUACUUUAUCAGUUUCAAAAUGUCAAAACACCUACAAAAGUUCCGAUAAAAAUGUUAAAAAAGCCAGUUUUUGCACAAAAAAUAUCCACAAAACGCUGCUCGUUCAUGUUGUUUCUUUUCUUGCUUUUAUCCGUGUAUUUAAAACCGCCGCUCUCUUUAAAAAAUUUCAUAUCGCUAGCUCUACCUACAGAUAACACUGUUACGUGUAGCUUGCGUGUUUCCCUAUUUUGAUGUAAGGUAUUGGCUAAUCAGAAGAUACGUAAUGACUACAGUGUAUAAUAGUACAGUAUAUAGUAAUUAAAGGUGCAGCGUGAGAUUAGAAUAUAGAAAUGCGUGAUAAACAGCUUCUCAGUUUAACUAUAUUUUUUUCUAUACAAACAAACUACAUGCACGUAAGUUUUGCUAAACCUACUUUUAAUAUCAUGUUUCGCUAGCUACUCUGGUUUAAAUUAAAUGAUUACAAAGCCCAGUCGAAUUGUAAUCAGGACCCAACGUUUCGACACGCCAGUCUCUGUCUUCAUCAGUUGUGAUCUGAAGUUGCAAUUGUGGCUUCUUAAAUAUCCAAGAGAUGACGUCACCUGCCAAUGAGAUGCAUGUAUUCCUCUGGCAAAUAGGCACCGUCAUCCCUAUUCAAAGCAUGAUUACUCAUAUAUAUAUAUAUGCCCCGCUUCUAGGCAUAGUUUUUGACAAUAGCGAUUGUUUGUGGUAAUUACUUUAGAGUUUUCCCACGCAAUGUCGUGUUUGGUGUCACACACAUGUUCUGCUAAAGCUGAUUUUCCCUUGUUUAAAGUUGAAACAGCCUUUUGAUGUUCUUUUAGGCGUGUACCAAACUGGCGUUUAGACUGACCCAAAUACUCUUUCUCGCAGUCACCGCAUGGUAUAGAAUAUACAGCAUGAGUUUUCUGAUUUGUUUUAACAGGAUCUUUUGGCUUUGCAAAAUAUGGCCUAAAGUCAAAUAGGGUUUUAAAGCAACCUUAAUAUUACAAUUACUUAAGAUUCUCUUGAUUGGUUCUGUGACAACUUGAAUAUAUGGAAUUAUUGCAUAACCCUUAGCAGAGGUAUCACCCUCGGAGUUAUUUUGGUUCCUACAAACAGGUGAACGCAAGCAAUCAUUGAGAAAACGUUUUGAGUAAUCGUUUCCCCCUAAAACAUUUAGUACAUAUUCACGUUCAUUAGCUUGAGAAUCACUGGCAAGGAUUCGGCUUUUGAAGCAAAGUUUUCGCUACGACUCUUUUAUGGCUUACUGGAUGGUGAGAAUCGUAUGACAAAUAUUUGUCCGUGUGUGUGGGUUUGCGAUAAACAUAUCAGUCUCUAACUUCCCUUCGAUAGUUUUGUGCACAUUUAAAUCUAAAAAAGCCAAAUGUCCAUUUAUCUCACGUUCUACCGUGAAUUGGAUGGACGGCUCAAUAGAAUUAAAAUGUUGCAGCAGAAUAUCGAUUUCAUUUCUAGAAACCGCAGAGAUGACAUCAUCGACGAAACGUUUCCAAAACGAUAGAGACACCGGAACAGAGUCUAACGUUCUUUGUCCGACAUCUUCCAUUACUAAAUUAGCAAUUACUGCCGAUACUGGUGACCCCAUUGCUGUUCCAAAAACCUGUUGGUAAUAACAGCCCUCAAACACAAAGUAUGUCGUGUUGAGACAAAAAGACAGAAGAUCAAUUUAAUAAGAUUCGGCUACUAUUUAAAUACAACAUAUAGAGCCAGGGAAUUCGCCACAGGUUUCCCCAAUUACGGCGAUCCCAUAUAAACAAGAAUAAAAUUACUGUACAAAACAAAUUUUUAAGCAACUCAACAAGCUAAAACUAAUAAGGCUAAUAACGGAAAUCCAUACUGUCCAAGUUCAAUAAUAUAGAUUAUAGGACUAACAACAACUUAUUACAUUGUUAAGCGAUCUUGCUCUUUUGCACUUUACACACACUGAUUUCCAGGUGCGCGGAUCGUCACAUUUGAAUGUUUUGGAUAGUGCAUGUUUGUAAUAGAGUUUAAGACCUGAUUUAAAAGACAGCAAACCUAUAUCUCUAGUACGCAAGUUACUAUCUAAUAUGUUCCACGUUUUGCAAGUUCUUAUAAAAAAUGAGGUCUGGAAUGUUACGGUUUUCGCAUAAGGAAUAACAAAUCUAAUUAGGUUUGCGUUGGAUUCACUUCUUGUAAUUCCUGAUCCAGCCAUGAUCGGUUGAGCACGUUCGUCAAUGUACGUAAGAUUGUUGAUGAUCUUGUAGAGGAACACCAGAUCCAAGUAUUCGUGCCAAUAUGAGACAGGUAAUAUGUCAAGCUGAAGGAGUCUUGUCUUGUAAGAAAUGUCUGUGAUAAACCCAAGAUUCAAUAUGUAUUUUGUUGCUCGUCUCUGCACUUUCUCAACGUCCUCAAUAAGUUUCACUGACUGAGGACACCAGGCUUGGGUUGCAUAGGAGAAGUUACUUCGCACAAGUUGAAGGUACAGAAGCCUUCUCGCGUUGGUAUCCGUUAUCUCCAUGGUAGAACGUCGGAUUAACCCGAGCGUUUUGUUGGCUUUUGACCGAACUUUGUUGAUCUGAACAUUCCAUAAUAGUUUAGAACUGAUCGUAAUGCCCAGAUCGGACUCUACAUCAGAAGACAAUAGUUGGUGAUCGCCAAGUGCAUAUGGGUAAAUUAAGGGAGACUUCUUUCUCGUGAUAGACAACACUUUACACUUCGAUUUGUUAAAGCUCAACAUGUUCUCAUUUGACCAACAAUGGAGGCUUUGAAUAUCCGAUUGCAAUGCCAGUGCAUCGUUACGAUUUUGCACACAUCUGUGCAGUUUGGUAUCAUCAGCAUACAAGCCGACCCCAGUAGAAAUGGAUAUGUUAUCGGGCAAAUCGUUAAUGUACACCGAGAAGAGGAAGGGAGCCAGCAAUGAACCUUGUGGGACUCCGGAUGUUAUUGGUAAGGGAGUAGAUGUCGCACCGUGAACAGUUACUCGUUGACAGCGACCUGAUAGAUAGUUUUCAAACCACAACAAAAGAGAGCCAGAUAGACCGAAAUCGCGAAGUUUUUGUAACAGUUUGGAGUGGUCAACGGUAUCGAAAGCCUUGGAAAUGUCCAUGAAGACAACGUUUGUUUGUAGUCCUAUAUCUAAGUCCUUCCCUAUUUUGUGUAGUGUCGAUAGUAAUUGAGAUGUGGUAGACCUUCCACUAAUGAAUCCAUAUUGUGCUGAGUGAACGCUUUCCUGUAUGCGUAGAUAUAGGUGGUUUAGGACACAGCGUUCAAGAGUCUUGCUGACAAUGCUUAACAAAGAAAUGGGUCGGUAAUAUUCCACGUGUUCUUUUACACCUUUCUUGUGUAGAGGGAUGAUGUUGGCUAGCUUCCAUUCGGUGGGAAUCUGUGAUAAGCGGAGGGACUUUGUGUGAACAGGUAGUGUAGAGAAGGAGCAAGUUGAAAUGCACAUUCCUUUAAAACACGAGAAGGAAAACCAUCAGAACCAUGAGCCUUGAAGGGAUCUAAGUUCUGUAAGGCUAGGUAUACUUCUUCUAUAGAGAGGUCAAUGGAUGAUAUACUGGAUAGAGGAGGUGAGGAAUCAGGCCGGGGUGAUGAAGAUUGCCCCGGAAAGUUGGUGUAGAUAGAAUGGAAAUAUUCAUUGAACAUUGUUGCAAUAUCGCGAGGCGUGUUUGCAUAGUUCAUUUGAAAGAACUCUUUGAUAGUGAAAGGACAUUGGCAAUAAAAAAGAGUUCAGUUCAUUUGAAAGAACUCUUAAAACUAUAUAUUAAACUCUAUUACAGAUUGUUUAUAUCUUGCUUAGUUCUCGAAAUAUUUCGACUGAAAAAAUUGAGCUGUUCGCCAUCUUGGAUUAUUGAGGAUAUGCAUGUUACGUCAAGAGAAGGGUCACGCUAUUUUUUAUCUUGAGAGUAAGCGAUCAAUAUGGGUCCAAAACUUCGUUUCUGGUUGCUGUCUGAAAUUUCGAAAUGAUUAAAAACAUUUCAAACAAUUUUCGAUUGUUACUCGGUCAUUUUAGAGUAGUUUUAUACAGUUUACCCAACUCCUGACGUCAUCAAAACCAUAGUUAAUGAGGUCAAGAAUUAGUCCAAGAUGGUGAACAGCUCAUUAAUUUCGCUCUAAAUAUUUCGAGAACUAAGCAAGAUAUGAUGAUAUCUUGUGAUUUUAUCAAAAAGAUUUGAAAUUUAACCCAACAUUGCAUGAUAUUGGAUUUUCAGCAUUAUGCGAUUGAUUCGAAUGACGGUUUCUUGUUCAAAGCGUUUUAUUUCCUACGCGUUAUGAAUGUUGAGUCCUUUAUCAGAAAUAAAACACCGGGCGACAGGCGAGUGUCUUAGGUACUAGAUAAAACAUGACCAGCAGUGUUUUAUCAGAUAUAAAGAUACGAGGCGAAACCGGGUAUCUUUAGGUCUGAUAAAACACGCACUGCGAAUAUUUUAAAUUGCUUCAAAAACGAUCGAUCUGGUAAGUUCAUUGGCGAAGUAAUUUUCAAAAAAUACGUUGUGUUAGUCGAAAAAAUCAAAGUUAAAGUUUAUGUAAAUCAAGGGAAAUCUCUAUCACUGACAUAUAAAGAUACGCACGCUUAUGAUUUUUCUUUGCGUUUUCCUCAUGAAUUAUUAAUGAUUUUGGAAGUGUUCUAUUGAAUGACACUGUUUUACUGUUUUAGAAGUCAAAGAGUUCUAUUGGCCAUGAAGACGCUGUUUUAGAUCUCUCGUGGAACAGAAAUGCAAGGUCAACUGAUCACUGUAUCUUUUUGUUCAUUGAUUAUUUUGCACAGAUAUUCAAAUUCUUCUAAGAAAUAUAAUGAUUCUUGUCCUCUUAGGAAUAUACUGUGUAGCGGGUCAGCUGAUUCGACCGUCGUUCUUUGGGAUUUAGCUGAAUCUAAAGCCGUUCAAAUACUCAAACAUCACAACAAUAAG